CAAUAAUUGCUUUGCAAUAAUCAAUAUUUUGACUACAACUGCGCUGCCAGUUAGAUGUGCUACAAUCAAUAGUGGAGACUCCCUGCAGGGAAGCACUUGGAAUGCAGUCUAGAUUUUCAUGUCUUGGCAUAAAAUAGGUUGAAUAUUUUGGAAUGGAAAAAAUAUUGAUAUUAUUAGUAUUAUUUUUCAGUAAUUGGCAUUCCAUAUUUUUGUUCAGUGUUGCAACAACCUACAGUGGUAUUUGUGUGUUUUUAGACUUCAAAGAUCAUGUAAAACAUAUAGAAAAAGGUGUGAACAGCAAAGAGCCUCAUUUCGUUUUGAGAGUUCUGAGAUCUCUUUCAUCCACCAGGAAAAAACUGAACCAUCCAUUGUUGAGAAAACUUAUUACUGGAUAUUUCGUUCAAGGUAACAUAAUUUCCUUACUUCUUAAAGGUGACGUAAAGUCCGUAAUGUAAACAAACGCUUUGUUUACAUUUUGAACUCAGUGCUAAAGUUGUAAAAUACGAUUAGAUAUAUAUUAUACUGAAUUUUUAACACUCUUCUGGUUCACUAUGCUUGUAAAUGAAUACAGACUAGAGAUUCAAUUCAAGAAAGUUCGGAAGGUGCGAAAUGUUAACAACAUUCCAAUGGUCGGGUGCCGACCAUUGGGAUGUAGGCCUGCGCAGAACGGACUUUACAUCACCUUUACGGUUUGUUUACAUAAACAGGGGAGGAUAUUUGUAUUAUCCUGUGAAGGACAUGGAAUGAUGUAUGUUGCAGAAAAAAUUCAUAAUAAUAAGUUAACAUCAGUUUUGUAAUUUUUAGCAUCACAAGCAAAGCAUGAACUGCUGAAGUUCUUGGAUGAGGUACUGUAUUUUCUUGUACUCAGGGAUUGUAAUGCAUUGUUGGACAAUCAAUAAUUAGGGAUAAGCCAAUCAUGAAAAUCCAAUUUACUGAGAUAUGAUAAAUUCCUAUACAAAUAAUUAAGUCACACAAGACCAACAACACUGCAUUAUUACAUUUAUUUUAUGCUAAGAUUUCGAGCGUGCUUUCACCAGUAGGAGUGGAACCUAUAUAUCUCUUCGAAAUGCGUCAGCAUGAAUAAUUAAGCACCAUCAUCAGCAUAGGGAUUACUAUACUGUAUAAAUCCAUACCUGCAACCAAUGGUAUCCCCUCCAUCCCCAAUAUAACUACUAGUUAGCCAUCAUAGUGAAAAAACUAAGCAAAUAACCAAUGAAAACUAUAUUCAUCGAAAUGAUCAGAGUAAUCUCUUUGCCUUAAUUGGUACUGACACCAUCAACACCAAGUAGAAUUGAGGCGUGCUAUACAUGCAAUACAAGGUACAAGAUAGUUGCCGACAAGGAACGGGAGACACCUGUGUGGGAAAUUUGAAGUGACUCAGUGCACAGCUUGUUAGUGACUAUAAUAAUAAUUAUUCAUUUCUUUUGAGCCCAGUAUAUACUGUAUAUACGUCCAUGCGCUAGUAUACCGGCUUCCCUGUUAAUUUCCUUUUAUUCUACCAUUAAAAUACAUCAAGGAUUCUGCCCAACUCGUAUUUCGCUUGCCUGCCAGUAUAGAACAAAAUAGACCUUGAUUACAGAGAACUUUUGCAAAAGAAAGGAGUCUAAAUUUUCAUUUUUUCUUUACUUCUAAAUCCAUGAAUUCAACCCACUGGCAACGGCUAUUGUACUGUGCUAUUACAAUAGCUGUGUAUAGAAACUCCAGCCUCAUCAAUUAUAUAUAGUAAUUUUGUCAUGGUUGUAAAUUGUACAUUUAAUACUGUUUAGCCUAUGGAAACAGAUGUGUUGACCGUAUACCGACCGCGAACAGGAAAAGCAGCUGCCACUCCUGUAUUGCCUGAAGUUGAGUUUUACUUUCACCUUCUGGUUGUUAUUCACUUGAUUGAUACCAAGGCUUAUGAAAAGGUAAAAUAUUAAAGGAAUACCGAAUGGUUUUUUACGCUUUCCGAAACUGUUUUGGUGAACUUGCCGCUCGUUUAAUAUACUGUUAUUGUUUAUUUCACGCAUUGAAAUGUUUUCGUUCCGACAUUUUGAAAACCCCGCGGAAGGCAUUUAAUACCUGUACAGGAUUGUCUCAUCCUGCACGGGUAUUGACCAAUCAGAUUGCGUGUUUCACUCUAGUUAUUAUAUAGUCUUUUUUUUACCAUCAUGCUCCACCAGUACACUAUAAAUGCAUAAAUAUCAUUGAAUAGACCAUUCCCCUUUUAAGUGAAAUUUUGAUCUAGACAAAUCUGGACAAAAAUUUCAUCACAGCUUGAAAGAGCAUCACAAAAUUAAUAAUAUUCCGAAGUUUCGUUGCGAAAUGUUGUAAAAUGCGGAUAAUAUAGCCUUGCGAAGUUUGCCGUUUUUCAGUCAUUUGGUAUUACAAACGGGAAAUUGAUAAUCAGUUUGAUCAUCUGAUUAUCAAUUUUCCAUUUGUAAUACAAAAUGACUGAAAAACGGCAAUCUUCGCAGGACUAUAUUAUCCUCAUUUUACAACAUUUUGCAACGAAACUUCGGAAUAUUACUAAUUUUGUGAUGCUCUUUCAAGCUGUGGUGAAAUGUUUGUCCUGUAAUAAUACAAGUACUGUAUAUAAUUGAUAUUACAAAUCCUUGAAUUAUUCUUGCUUGAAUUGUUAUUGGAUAUUUUCUGAAAUUUGUCGGUCUAUUAUUCCGCAGCCAGAACGUUGAAAAACGGACAUUUUCCUGAAUUGAUUUUGUUCAUGUCUUACAAAACUAUAUCUGAAAUUAAUUAGAGUUGCAAUUUGAACAGUUGUUAACGUAAGUCACUUUUUACUCAUUACACUAACAGCCAUGUUCACAUGAACCCGGAACAGCUUCAUGUCUCGAGGCAAGCAAUUCUCCCUGGACAAAAAUUCUCGCGGCCCCUUAAUAUAAAUCAGUAAUGCUGUCUACUUUAUAUUUUACUUAUCCCUGCCGGAACAAGACCUGUUUGCAAAGCGAUCUAAAUCGCGCGGCUACAAUUACAUUUAGAGCAUGUUAGAAUCCACAAAAACGUGUUGUUUCUUUGAAGAUAUCAUUAUAGAAAUCUAUAUAUAAGUGAUGAUGCUGAUAAUAUUAAAAUAAAAUUGUCGCUGGUAUUAUCUUUGAAACCAAGAAAUGUAGAUUAUGUAGUCUAUACCCUAAGAUGGCUUUUAUAUGGAUCCAGUUCAUUCUUCGUUUAAAAUAAUUCGAAACCAUCGUGGAUUUGACCAAUUUAAUAGCAAGUUAAUUCGACGUAUGAAAGGAGGUAAAAAGGCCUUACGUUUUUACAUUUAUUUCUAUACUAUCCUUUAUGUUUCAGGCGUUAAAAUGUUCCACGUUACUUCUACAAAAGUCAGAGCUACACAACAGGCGAACGUUAGAUCUGAUCUUGGCUAAAUGUUUUUUCUAUCACUCCAGAACAUACGAAUUACUUGAGCGAUUAGACGAAAUCAGAAGGUGCGUAUCUUUAGAAACUACUGUAAAACGCAUUGUCAUUGUACUGUAUCAAAUGGAAUACAUUAAGUAUUUAUUAAGUUAUACAGUACGACUCUGUUUUUCAUGCACUGUAUAGUAUAUCCUUUGUAUACAGUCAGGGUGCGAUAAUUCGCUUACCGAAGUUGCGCCAAUAUUACGGUCUGUAUUUUCAGCCAUGUACUACGUAGGUACGCGGUACUCGUGCUAUCGCCUUAGCAAGCCCAAGGAUUUCAACACCGUAAUUUAGUCGGAAUUUAGUGUAAGUCUGACAUGACUACUAUAUAAUUGGCAUUAAACAUGAUUGGGCUGAUGGGAUGAGAUAGGACUAAGGCACGUUGUAGUCGAUUGUAUAGUGUUUGUAUUGUGCUCCUUGAUCUAUAUUGACUACUAUUACUUAAUGAAUACCUUUCAGAAACUUCUAUUAUACUUUUCAGAAACUUGUGCUUUAAGCCUGGUUUGCCUAUGAUCGUUUAAUUGUAACGGUUUGUAAAGAUUGAGUCACGAUCUUUCUUAUCAGCCGAAAUACAACAGUUUAAAACUGAAAAUAUAGGGAGAGUAGUUAUAAACAGAGAGAACAUACUAGAAAAUACAUGCAUGCAGAAACCCUCGCCUUGCUGACAAAACCAUUGUAUUUUCCGAACAUGAAUUAUCUAUAAUAAAAGUAGUUUCAUGGUAACACGAUAAUUUUUUAAUAAUAUUCUUACAAAUGAAAAAUCGCCUAAAAAUAUCACUUUUAAUUACAAAAUUGUUAAUUUCUUAACAUAUAUAUGUUAGGUAUGUUAUUAUACGUAAUAUAAGCCUAAAUUUAAGGUAAAAUUCAACCACAAACACUUCGCAAAACGUUUUAAAGUCACUAGUGUUCUUUAUAAAACUAAACUGCCUUUUAAAAUGGCUUUAUCGAUAAACUUUGAGUUUGCAAUAAAAUCAUUUCAAAUUCUCGCUUGCAAAUAACUUUGCUUUCUUUUUUAUUUAUUUAAAAAAUUCAAUAUCAUAAAAAAGGGAAUCAAUAUUAAAGAUACACUGAAAUUAUAUGCUGCCUUGUUUUAAUAGUUGUUUCAUAUACGCAAAGGCCGUCGGGUUUUAAAGCCAUUAUAAAAUCAAUAUUUAAAACAAACUUACCUUCCUUAACGUCGGCUCCCUUCUUUUAGCCGAUUCAUUCGCAGUUUCUUUCUGAGAGAGCUUUUGAAAUUUACAAAAUCUUGCAAAAAUGCGAGCAAAAAUGAAAUAUAUAUAUUUGCAAGAAAUGUAUCAAUCAUCAAAUCAAGAAGUGUUUGUUAUUUCGCUGUCGUCAUGCAGUCGUUAUAAUGCGAACUUGAAAUUGGGUCAAUCAGUGUCCGCUAUUCAUGACAGUCCGCCAUAUUUUUGAGAUCAGUGAGGAUGACCACCCACUCAACACCCCACCAUCGUUGGUGACCCACGCCCGCGAUAAUUGAUGAACUUUAGACUUCGCUAAUGCUUUCGUUUCCCCGGGUGUAAAUAGCCUGGGGAAAUUAGUACCCUCGUACGGCGCCGUCGGCUCGGGGAUGAUGUGGUUUACAGGUAAAAAAAACUACAAUCUGGCCGUUGAGAAAGAUUAUGACUUUAUCUUUACUACCGUUACGACCAUAUGAAAACCUGGCUUACGCCUUGUUCACACUAGCAAUUUUGUCGGCGAUUUUGUCUUUCUGACGGAUGUAAAUGAGUGAACUCGCACACAAAAGUGUAGAAUCGCUUUUCAGAAGUAAGCAAUUCUAAGUCUUUUGCAUGUCAUUUAUUCGAUUACAUUUGCCAGGAGGAGAAAAAUCGCCGACAGAAUGGCUAGUGUGAACCAGGCUUUAUUCUACUUCAUUUUAAAGUACGCUUACACGAUGCCAUUUGUCGUGUCCGAGUCGUAAUCUGGCAUAUGCAUGUAUCGAGUAAGCACGCGUAAAAAGUAGUUGCAUUUCAAGAGAAUAUACUUUUAGAGAGGAAUUGUGAGAGAAUCGAAUCGUACACGACAAAUCGCAGCGUGUAAAAACGUGGCUUUAACGUACCUUUAAAGAAUAGUACACCUUGAUUCUUACGUUUUUGUACCAGUUCAAGUACGCGGCAAUAAUCGUUGGAGUUCCUGUACAUAUAUGUUUAUCAUUCUGUAGCUUCUUUCACUCGAAAUUAAGGACAGCAACUUUGAGACACAAUAUAGAAGGACAGGUAAAUCUCAACAUUAAUAUUACAUUUUGCUUUUUAACACUCCUGUGUAAUGUAUUGGUUUAUUCUUUUGUAUUGAAAUACGAUAUAUUGUCUUGUUUCCUAGGCAACACUGCUCAAUUUACUAUUACGAAAUUAUCUGCACUACAAUUUGUACGAUCAGGUAUAAUGUAAUUAUAACGUGUGCGUUUAUUGUUAGCUUAUUGUUAUGGAUAUUCAUAAAAACUUAUUAGAUUUUGCUGUGAUGCACAGGCUUUACGAAAUCUCAAAUUUGUUGCCAAAAAAGAUUGCUGCAAUAAAAAUUUGAUAGCCCACAGAAGGUUUCGUAUGCCUCAAUAUACUUUUUAUAUCAAAGUUUCUUCAAUGAUGCAAACUAAUGCAUCAUGCAUAUACUACUAAUACAAUAAUUAUAUAUUAACGUAUUUGAUUUAUGUCCCAAUUAUAGUGAAAUAAGGAAGCUCCAUGGAAACGUUAUUCCGCAUCUGCUGUAUGAUUUCUAGGAAUACUUGUUGGACACUUAGCAACAAUGUUUUAGACAACGUCACACUACACCGGAACAAAAUAAUGCGGGCGGAAUUUAUGUGUGUUCACACUACGCCGUUGCAGUUUGUUUUCAAAUUAAAUUAGCACUCAUGUAAACCCAAAAUUUUUCAAAUAGAGCAAAGAAAUUUAAACGGAAAACAUUCGAAUUUGCUGUUUUGAGAAGCGAGAUGAGAUGGUUUGCAAGCAGUACAAAAAAGUAACAUUGUUUGUGUUUACACGAAGCCGCCAAGCGCUUCGUUUUCAUCUCACUUCGUUUAAAAACCCUGCACAAAUCGUUAUGGGUAUGGCAAAAGUGACCUUUUCAAAACAUUGCCCGGCUCCGGUGUAGUGUGAACGCGACGGCUAAUUGUGACUUUUGUGCGCCGUUUCAAACCGCUCCGGCAUAUUGUGAACUUAUAGUCUUCUGCUAACCGCAAACGAUAAACCUCAAGUCGUGUUUUGACCAUUGAACUAAAAAUAACUGGAACGCUACGUUCAGUAAACUGCGCAUGCAAAUUUUGAAGCUAAAAUUUGACUCCCAUGAAGCCAGUUUUGACUCCCAGACACGCACUUCCACGCGUGUUUCUACUGCGCGAUUUACUCGCGAGACAAUGCAGGGGGCGAUCGAAGCAUGCCGUUUUGAACGUUUUCAUGGCAAGAUGCGAAUCCAAAGGGAAACGGGCCUUUUAUUUUAAAACGGGCCUUUUAAAGCCUGUGUACGACCCUGUAUAAUUUAGCUGCAAACUUCCGCUUGAACGUAGCGUUCCAGUUAUUUUUAGUUCAAUGGUUUUGACGUCAACAGUUAUCCAUUCAAAGUUGAGCCAAUGUAUACAGAACAAUAAAAUUGAAGCACGAAUUAGCUAACCGUCAAACCUUAUCUUUAAAGUUCAAAUGCGAUUUGCUGUUAGCGGUUAGCUUUUGCUGUAAACACUUAAGGUCUCUAAUGUAUCUUUAUAGGCCGACAAACUGGUUUCAAAAUCGUCCUUUCCCGAUACUGCGUCAAACAGUGAAUGGGCAAGAUAUUUAUAUUACACCGGUAGGUUUUCAUUCUUGCUGAAGAAGACAUAUACCUUGUUUAUUAUACUGCACAGUUACUAUGAGAGACAGCUUGUACUGUUGUUUAGUAAUGUAUGCGAAGUUAUGCAUCCAGUACAAUUUGAUAUGAAUGUGUUGGGAUGGUUUGCUAUGAUAUGCAUACAAUGCUACAGUGGAAAAUGCUGUCACGACACUCCGCAAGGUUUGAGAGCCAUUUUGUACGCGGUAUAACUUUAAUAUGGAGAAGGUGGGAAAACACAAGACUUGCAUUGCUGUAUAGAAAGGGCCUUAAUUGUCACAUACAAUACUUGUGGAAUAUAACAAACAGUUCAUGGCUAUACCGCUAUGUAGUAAUUCUAAUGUGAUAAAUCGUAUUAACGUGAGAUAUGUAUAGUUGUAAACUACAAUGUCGUGUUGCCCGGGCAAGAGCGGUAAGUCUAUGUCCAAUAAUAUUAAUUGCAGUGAAUUCUGUCUGUUCUCUGGCGCACACUUAAUUCAUGAACAUGCAAUCGAUUCUUAUGAGUAAUUUUUUGAAUACAAGUUUACAAAGUUCGUGUUUUUUUUCUUGACAGGAAUUAUAAAAGCCAAGCAACUUGAGUAUUCAGAAGCGCAUAAAAAUUUAAUUCAAGCCAUCAGAAAGGCUCCACAGUUUUCUGCAGUUGGAUUCCGGCAAAUUGUAAGUUCUUGAUGAAAACGCAUUGUUUCGUCUUGAGGUAUUAACAAAACCGCGGAUGCUUCCUCUUGCGCAAAAAAAACCUAAACACGACAUGACUUCAUUCCUACGCCUAUUACGGAUACUGCAUGUUAAUAUUAAACUACCACUAAGUAAUCACGCCACAAUUCCCAAAGACGACCCAAUUAGAUAUCGCCAUUCCGGAAGUGUAGAUUUCACAACGUUAGGACGGUGUCCCACUAAGUCGAUAUUUUCUAAUAUACUUUUCAAAUGUGUGAAUGAGUUCACUGCUGUUGACUACAGACUAUACCGUAGACGCAUUCUAGAACGUUUUGACACGAAAGCAUGACACAUUUGCUCGCGAGAGGAUCCACGGUUUUGGUAAUAUUUUUAUAAAUAUUUCGUUAACUCUGAAAAAUAUAAAGCGAGAAAAACGUCAGAAAAAAGGGAGUUAGACUUGUUGAAAGCUUGAAAAUGUAGAAAGAAACAGAUUCCGAAUUAAAAAAAACGAUUCCUUGCCCCUUUGAAGCAGCAUGAGCCAAACAAAGUAAAUUUUGGCUUUAUAAAGUCAGCAUGGAAAAUAAUAAUAUAAUGGUUGGUAACGCUAGCUUAGUGUUACAUGUACAGUAUAUUGUAGAAACUGUUUCGUACAAUGCAGAAAAAAUAUUCUGCCAUUUAGUUGAAAUAACAGUUAUCCCAUUUGACUGAUGACAAAUUGGUUCACGAGAUGACUGGUAUAUGCAGCAUUAAACGAAAUUACUUCCUUUAUAUAGGCACAGAAGUUUGCAAUCGUUGUUGAAUUACUGCUUGGUGAAAUUCCCGACAGAGCAACAUUUAGAGAUCCUGCUCUGAAAAAGACGUUGAUUCCAUACUUUCAGUUAACAAAAG